AAAGAAUUGAAAUGACGAAUGCACUCUAAUUUGACAUUUAGUUUCUGAUCGAUGCACCAUUACACGGAACCACUUAUAAAUGGUUGAUCUCCUAGUGUUAUGACCAGGGUAAAACACAGCAUCAUGUCGAUUCAAAAGAACAUUGUAGCAAUUUUAUUAUUGACCUUGGUUGAAUCAAUUUCGACGAUACAACUUGAAGCAGAACUCUUCACACUGGCCAAAACAAUGGGUAUUAAAGAACGAUCGUCAGCAUCAAAUGGUAAAACACUUCAAAUGACAAACCAAGAUGCCCUGCAAUAUGAACUAUGUAUUAAAACUCCGAUGAAAUUGUUUAUCAGCUUGAGAUAUUCUAAUACAGAGAAUAGCACAAAUGUCAAAGUAUUAAUUGAUAGUCAACAAGCAUGGUCAUUGAACGCAUCCACAACAAGCCAUUCGUUUUCAUUUGUAACAAGCGAUUCGCUCGAUCAUCCUAUAUUACUAGUUGAAGGCCGUUAUACUCUAACUGUUGUCAUAGAAACAACAGAGGAUGCUGCAUUUGAACUUGAUUAUCUUGAACUCUCAAGCCACGAAACCACUAAACCACAAGAUCUGAUCUGCCUGCCAAAUAGAAAACAAGUUCAUAUAGAAAUCGAAGACUUUUCUGACUUUGAUGUAAGUAAAAUCAUGCGACGGUCCGGUGCUUCAACUUCUAGGUCUGUUUUACUUUUUCAAGGUCAAACAAUAAAGUACAAAAUACGCAUUGAUACCGCAAUAAUUGUUGAUAUCCAAGAAUUGGUUUAUUCAAAUGACGGUAAAUCUGAUUUUAUAGUUAUCAAAAUGGAUGACAAAAUUAUUGGUUCUUUUAGUACUAUGGCCGUUUCUAGUUACGGACGCGCAUGGAACGAUUUCAAAACCAGUAAUAUAAUUGGAAAAGGAAUAAGACUUGAUUCUGGCGUUCAUGAGGUGGAGAUUUCUGUUGUUUCAGCCGAUAGUUUUGGCGUUGAGUUGGAUUACAUGACUUUUAGCGUAUUAACCUUGUUACCUGAUAAAGACCCGUUUAAAUUUGUAUCAAAGAAACAGUUAGAAGCAGAAUCUUUUAAAGGUGGAGAAAGAAUGCGUCUACGGGAAGCGUCGAAGGGCUACGCAAUAAAUCUUAAAAAUGGAGAAUUUCUACAGAAGAAUGUUUGUUUGCGUGUAGACACUAAUGUGAGUAUUGAUAAAAUUGCUUAUUAUAAUCGUGGCACAUCUAACACGUUAUCUGUUUAUGCAGGUGCAACCAAAAUAGCCACUAUAGCAACUGGUACUAUUCUGUAUUCACAUGACGAGCAAACCGAUAAAUCAAUUUCCGGUACAUUUUCUGUAACUAGUUCGACUACUGUCCCAACGUUACCGCCAGGUUUUACAAGAAAUGGUAUCAAAAAGAACAAUUUAACAUCAUUAAUUCUUCCAGAGAAUAGAAUCAAAUUAUCAAAAGGACUACAUGCGAUGAGUGUAGUAGUUGAAAAUUCCGAUGCUUCUGGCAUCGACAUAGAUUUCAUGUCAUUGACUUUUGAUUUUGGAAACAACCUAUUACAUGGAAUAGAAUGUCUAACACAUCAACGUGUUUUAAUGGAAGCUGAACAGUUUCCGUUGAACAAUACAUCCGGGCUUCGUUAUAGAUCAAAUGCAUCAUCUAACAGAACUGUUUAUAUGAAACAGGGAGACGUCAUAAAACGGGCGGUGUGUGUGACUGGUCAAGUUAAAGUUUCUAUGACAACUAUUUUAUUUUCUAAUGAUGGACUCGCUGAUCAAAUUUCUAUACAAAUUAAGUCUAUGCCCAUGGGAACUUUAUUGACAUCUGUAGACUCUAACAAUGGAACAGGAUGGAAUGAUAUUGAAAGUAAAACAAUAGAUAGCGUGCUCUUCCUCCAUGAAGGGGAAUAUGAACUGCAGGUUGUGGCUACAAACACUGAUAAAUAUGGAAUCGAACUUGAUGCAUUAAUAUUAGACAUCUCUUCCUUCGAUGGGUCGUUAGUGCCUUGUUGAAAAAUUCAGUUUAUACUCGUGUCACUGCUUUAACAAUUCAUUUCGCUAAAAUAUGUGAGAGUUUACCUAAUAUGUGACUUAUUUAUCCCCCCCCCCCCACAUUUGCCAUUAUUUGUUUUAAAAUGAUAUUUGAUAUUUUUAUAUGUACAUUGAUGUUUUAUAAAUAAUUGAAAUUGCUUAUCUGAUAUUAUAUUUAAUUUAUUAACUUAA